AACAGGACAGCAUUCCCCAAAAAUUUCGCGACAGACAACGUGAGGCAGUAAGGGACAGGACAUGAUCGUGGAUGUUCUUUGAGCAAACAACUGGGAGCACAGUUUGUGUACAACCUGGCCAGAGAGUUUAGCUGGACUGGCAGCGGACCUUUGGAGUGUCCGUCAAAGAAAGAAAGCCAAGCAACGACUUUGUGUAUAUGACAGACGGACAUGAUGACAGAUCAACAGACAAACAACGUGAUGAGCCACAGGAGACGAACAAUGUGAUUUUUCAUCCUGCCAUUAGUCUCUGUCAACAGCUCUUUUACACGUAAAAGGGUUUGCUUAUAAAUCCAGCUGUUCCUCCAAUUUUCAGGAGAGAAUUUUGUAGAGUUCCCUUGCCUGGGAUACACACAGGGAUGGACAGCAGUGACCAUCAGGACAAUGAAAGAGGAAGUAGGACGAAAGAAAACAAUGGAGAGAAAGAUAAACAGAUGAAGAACCAGCUAAACUGUGAGGAAAAGGGAGAGAAGGAGAUCAAAGGGAAUGAGAAAGAGAAGAAAAAGGACAGACGGCGUUCUGCGUCUCUAUGGAGGAGUGGAUGGGCGUUGAGUGAAAGACUGGCCAUCAAUGUCUCAGGAAUGCGUUAUGAAACUCAACUUCGCACCUUAGCCCAAUUCCCUGACUCCAUGCUCGGUGAUCCCCGAAGGAGGUCACGGUACUUUGACCCGCUGCGAAAUGAGCUCUUCCUGGACCGCAACCGGGCCUGCUUUGAUGCAAUUCUGUAUUUUUACCAGUCAGGCGGGAGGCUGCGAAGGCCCGCAAACAUACCCCUGGAUAUCUUCAUGGAUGAGCUGAUGUUCUAUGAGCUGGGAGAGGAAAUCAUGAACCGGUUCAAGGAGGAUGAAGGUUUUCCAAAGGAGGAGGAGAGGCCGUUGCCGUCCAAUGAAAUCCAGAAAGCACUGUGGAUGUUGUUUGAGCACCCCGAGUCCUCAUCAGCUGCACGCAUUAUAGCCAUCAUUAGUGUCAUGGUCAUUGUGGUGUCCAUCCUCAUCUUCUGCUUGGAGACACUGCCUGACUUCAGGAAUGAGAAAGAGUCACGAGAGGAAUAUUUUUACAGGUACCACUCCUAUGCAAAGAACGUAUCCGAGACCAUGCCUCUUCCAUCCAGUGUUUUCCAGGACCCCUUCUUCUUGGUGGAGACCAUGUGUAUAUGCUGGUUCUCCUUUGAGCUCAUCAUGCGCUUUGCUUGUGCUCCCAGCAAGAUGAGCUUCUUUAAGGAUGUCAUGAACAUCAUUGAUUUCAGUGCCAUCCUGCCUUAUUUUGUCACUCUGGGAACAGAGCUGGCCAAGGACAACGAGGCCAGUCCAGCCACAUCCUUGGCCAUCAUCAGGGUCAUCAGGUUAGUGAGAGUGUUCAGGAUCUUCAAGUUGUCUCGUCACUCUAAGGGCCUCCAGAUCCUCGGUCAAACACUGAGGGCCAGCAUGCGUGAGCUGGGCCUGCUUAUCUUCUUCCUGUUUAUUGGCGUCAUCCUCUUCUCCAGCGCCAUCUACUUUGCAGAGGCUGACCACACCAACACGGCCUUUAUCAGUAUACCACACGCCUUCUGGUGGGCAGUCGUUACCAUGACCACAGUGGGCUAUGGCGAUAUGUACCCAGAAACAAUGUGGGGGAAGCUGGUGGGAUCUAUGUGCGCCAUUGCUGGUGUGCUUACCAUUUCGCUGCCAGUGCCUGUCAUAGUGUCCAACUUUAGCUACUUCUACCAUCGGGAGACUGAGUGCGAAGAUCGAAAUGAGUACACACACAUCAUGACCUGGAAGGACGAGGAGCCUGCAGGGGGGGAGGAAAUAGAUGAAGAGGACAGGGAUCCAGAAUAUGAUUAUUAUGCCAUCGAAGGCAUGUGCAGCCCUCUGAAUGGGACUCUGUUGGCUGGACUUUGCACAGGGCAGAGCGCAGAGUUCAGAGGAGGAAAUAUGUAUCUGAGGGAACCACUGGUCACCCAGGUGUAGGAAGGGUGAGUGUGUUUUGUACACUUUGACAAAGACACAGUAGGAAAAAGCAGAAUUAUAUAGAGUUCAUAUGUCUACAGGUCCUGAGGAGAGAAACUGGCAAACAGAAACUGACAAAUUGUGUUAGUAAAAUCACAAAUAUAACAAUAUUUUUAAUAUAAUAUACCUACUAAAAAUCUUUUUUGGUCUUUUCUUGUCUAUUUAAAGUUGUUUAUUUUAGCACCAGCCAGUCAAAUGUCACUGAAAGGCAACUUUUCUCUGAUAUAAUUUCCAAAAAAGUAAGAAAGACAACAAUAAUUUACAGUAAGCAACUGGUAUAUUCUCAGGGUUAUGGUAUAAAUGUGAUAUGAGCUGUAAUUUAUUAAUGCUAGCAGCUUGUGUUUUAGAUGAAACUGACUUUAUGAAUGUCUGUGCCUUGAAACUAUGAUGUCUUAGCCUUGUCACUUUGCGCCUUAAUGUUUGAAGUGGAAGAUAGCUCACUGGCAGUAUAGAACUCAUGUCUCGUCAAAACUCAACCAAAUACCAGCGUAGUUGUAGCUGUCAUUGCGAACAGAUUGAGAUCUCUUGUAAACCAACCCCACAUUCUCAACAUUCUUCUGUAAGUAAUAUACAAAGUUCACAUUUUUGUAGUUUUGGCUUAUGUGACCUGAAGCAACUGACAUGACCUUUAUCAUGCUGUAAUACAACACUGUGGAAUGACUUAAUGACACUAGUGUUACCUAUUUGGGUUAAAGAGGGAAGUUUUGAUUGCUUUUGCAAAUGUUCUAUAUUUAUCUGCUUAA